AUCUCAUUGCUCUAAAAACUAUUUAAGUGAGUACAAUAACAGCAACAACCACCAAUGGUUGCCAUUCACUAUAUAUAACAAACUCCACUAUCCCCACCUUUGCUUCUCUCAUUACUCUCUCUUAUUAUCUUCUUUUUAUAAGUUCUCUCUGCCUAAUUAUCACCCCCUAAUUUGUUAGGUCACUUGUACAUAUCCCAUUUCUCUCAUUUUCUUUCUCCUCACUUCUUGCUCUCUUUUCCUCUGUGGAUCAUAUGGACAUGGAAGCUCAAGAGGAAUUCAUGGGCUCUAAUGAUCUUUCUCAAAUCGUUAAAGGCAAGCGUACCAAGCGCUUGAGGUCAUCAUCAUCUGCCGGUAUGAGCUCUAGCUCGUGCAGUGGUUGUGGUGGUUCUGGCGGAGGAGGAGGAGGAGAAACAGGACUUGUUGUAGAGGAACAUGGUUCAAUUUCCUCUCCUACAAGUUGUAGUGAGAUUUAUGAGAGCACUGAAGAAGAAGAAGAUAUGGCUAAUUGCCUGAUUUUAUUAGCUCAAGGUGAUGGUCCCAGGCAACAGUUGAUGAACGAUGAAAAUAACAGUAGAAUGGAAAAUCUUGGUGCAAGAAAAUUCCCUGAUGCUUCUACUAACACAACAACAACAACAACAAACAAAGCUGGUUUCUAUGUUUAUGAGUGCAAAACUUGUAAUCGUAGCUUCCCUUCCUUCCAAGCAUUGGGUGGUCACAGAGCCAGUCAUAAAAAGCCCAAGUCCAUCGUAGUUGAAGAGAAGAAGGCUACUCUCCUGGUUUCACCAUUGUUGGAUGAUCUUGAAGAUUGCCAAUUGAAUAAAAGUAGCAACUCUACUAGUCCUGAUCAUCUUCAGCAACCUCUUUCUCUCCACAUAUCUAACAAGGGUGGUAGUUUUCUUGGUAAUAAUAAGACCAAGAUUCAUGAGUGCUCCAUUUGUGGGUCUGAGUUCACUUCUGGUCAAGCCCUGGGAGGUCACAUGAGAAGACACAGAGCUAACACAGCCAAUAAUAAUAAUCAAGUGGUUAUCACUACCACUACUAAUACUGAUUCUAGUAGUGAAGAUCAGAUCAAGCCAAGAAAUAUUUUGCCUUUGGAUCUUAACCUUCCGGCGCCGGAAGACGACCAUCACAGCCACCGUGAAUCCAAGUUCCAAUUCGCAUCCGCGCAACAAGCUCUAGUGUUCUCCGCCCCAGCCUUGGUGGAUUGCCAUUACUGAGAAGAUUUUUUUUUUUUCUAUUAAGCAUUCAUAGGGGAUAUCAAUGUGAAUUAUUAUUUUUAUAAAAUUAGCAUUAUUCUAUA